AAUUAUUGGAUAUAUUCGACGAGGGAAAUAUCUACGUGAAAACAUGGAUGAGCUUUUCAUCGGCAUUUUGGGGUGUCAGGAUGCAUUUUUUUUUGUCAAAUGGUGGCUCGAAAAUGAUGUAUUCUUAAUUUUUGCCCUUCGUAAGAUAAUACUUGGAGAUAGUGAUACAAUGGAUUAUUUAUUAAAUAAUUAAUUAGCUUAUGAAUUUGGUUCCUUCAUUUUGUGCAUAUGAAGUGUGAGAUUUCUAUGCGGAAGUGUUUAUUUGAAUAUUGAUUUCUGUAGGAAAAGUAUUACACUAGAUGGCGAUCUAGGGCAAUCAGAAUUGCCAACGAAUUUUGAGGCUGAUGUUGUGGUAUCAGUGCUACCUAGACAAUGUUUUUUUGUCAAUAUUUAAUCUCACUGUUGCUAUUCAUUCAUAUUUACCAAAAAUUGGUUAAUCGUCAAAAGCAACUUAUCUGGCUUUACCCUGGGGUCACUUCAUUUCCGUUCUAUUUCUUCUUGAGAAUGAACAGAAAACCCCUUUUUCUUGAGUUUCCCACGUGUAAAAAACGCUAGAUCCUACCUAUUGCUAACCAUUGGAAUUUGCCGCCCCAGAGUGACGUAGACGUGUGUGUAAUAACAACCCUAACCCAGCGCAAAUACACGUUACUUCGCCGCUCGCAAAGAACGAACGCUUUUUUUUAUUCAUCCAAGCACCUUUGCGAAUAAAAAAUCCACAGACACAAUGCUUCGGUUGGGACGAAGUGGAGUGCGCUAUAUGAGUCAGUCUGCUCCAACGGCCGAUUCAAAAGCAGAAAAGUUAUUGGAUGAAAUAAUCAGAGUGAAUCAUGCUGGGGAACUGGGUGCUGAUAGAAUUUAUGCGGGACAAAUGGCUGUCUUAGGACAGACUCCAGCCGGUAAAACAAUUUCGCACAUGUGGGAGCAAGAAAAAAGGCACCGUGAAAAAUUUGAAGAAUUGAUAAAAAAACAUCGAGUCCGUCCAACAGCAAUGCUACCCCUGUGGAAUGCCGCUGGAUUUGUUCUCGGCGCUGGGACAGCUCUUCUCGGUGAGAAAGCAGCAAUGGCAUGUACUGUAGCAGUUGAAACUGUAAUCGUGGAUCACUACAAUGAACAAUUAAGAGUAUUGAUGGAGAGUGCUGAGGUGAAUGAAGAAUUAAUGGAGACUAUACGAAAAUUUAGGGAUGAGGAGCAAGAGCACCAUGAUGUGGGACUGGAUCAUGGAGCUCAGCAAGCACCUUUUUACGAUGCAUUGACGAAUGUUAUUAAAGUGGGAUGCAAAACAGCCAUUGCCAUAUCCAAAGUUAUUUGAGAGAAGAAAAUAAAUCAUUAGUAGAGUAUUCAAUUCUUGUCAGGGAAGGAAACAGUACUAAAUUGUCUUUUUCAUGGGAGCACUAUUUUACAUCAAAGAGAUUUGUUCAUAAUUUAUUCUAUCACUGAAAUAAUGCAACAAUUGAUUGCAUUAAUUGAAGCGGGUCAGUCUCUUUAGCGCGUGAAGGGUGAUUCAAGAUUUUUUGUGGAAAGACGCCAGGGGUAAAAACGUGGUGAAGUAUUACCUCCUUCGCAGUUGGGACCUUGAAAGCCUGGAGGGCAGGAACAAACUCCUGGUGCAGUGCAAUUACCCCCAUUCAUGCAGGCUGGAUAACACAGAGCUUUUUUGCAAUGUGGAGGUCCUAAGUAACCGUCUGGACAUGGGCCAGGAUUUGGUUCUGAAAAAUCGAAUAAGUAGAUUAGAUUAUUUGUAUUUGUUUUUUAUUGUACGUUGGAAUGAAAACCCCAAAACAAUAAUUGAAGCAUUAAAAAUUCAAAUAAAUACUUUGUAGGAUGUUAUGAAUAAUUUAGAAUUAGUAGUCAAUUGGAAUAAUAUUAAUAUAUUUUAAAUUUAUAUUCAUUUGUUAAUGAGGUAAUAAAAAAUGUUUCAAGCCA